UUUACUACUACAGACACAAACGGGAUGAAGGCAAAAGGCAGGCACUUUCAGCAACAAAGAUGGAAGGGGCUGAGGUGGGACCAGACACUUCACUUGGAAAACCAUUUGUGUUUAAGUGUCACCCUCAGUCUGGUUUUCGAGUUUACUUCUUCUGUGCCACUUCCAACCAGGAAAUGAAAAGAUGGCUGGAAGCUAUGGGGAAAGCGACUCAUACCAUUACACAAAACCAUGUUUGGGUGGAUGUCACUAAACACAACUCGAAUCUGCCCCCGCUGGCUGUAAAAAAUCCGGACUGUCUAGGAUUGCUUCAUAAAAUGGAUAAAAGCAAGGAUUCCUGGGUACAGCACUACUGCAUUCUGAAGGAUGGGUGCCUCUACUUGUACAGUGGCAUCCGUGCAACCCACGCACAAGGUGGCAUCUACCUUCAGGGUUACAUGGUGCGAGAGCAGUCUUAUGGAGCCAAGAAUUCAAUCAUUGAGCUGAAACCUCCAUCUGAUGAAUUCAGAACUUUCUACCUGUGUGCUGAAAACGCUAAUGAAAAUAAACGAUGGAUUAUAGCUAUCAAAGCUUCAAUAAAGAAGUGGCUGCCUUUACACCAGGCACUUCAGCACUACAUGAAUGGACCACCAGAAGAGACCAGAAUGUGAACAUGUGUCUGUAAAUACUGACAGAAUCUUGUGGAUCACUGAUUAAGCCUCCUGUUUGCAGACUGCUAUACUUUCCAUAUGUGAGGGACAAGAUUAUUUAUUUGAUUUUUCUUUCGUCUCUUUUUACACUGCUUACUUUCAGCCUCGUUCAUUCAUUGUCGAUUUUUGCAUUGGUUUCUAAUUUUUUUAUUUGCUUAAAGAUCAAGGUUGUAUACGCAAACAAAUGAGGCGUAAAAUUUAUACUCUAUAAAUACAUUUUAUUAUGAUUAAAAAACUGUCACAUGGGAAAAGUCAGUACAUCUCUAAACUGUUCAAAUAUCACAUCGAUCACCUUCAUCUGUGUAGACUGUAUUAAAAGGAUUACAUGUUUGUUUCCAUUUCCUGUGAUGUAUUAUUUUACCUAACUAAUCUUAUACCUAAAAAUACCUUAUACCUUUUCAUUGUUUUUAAAGAACCAUGUUCUAUUCCUUUGAAACCAUCCUUUACACUUCCUGUAUGCCUGUCUCUAUAGACAGCACCAACUACUUAAGAAUGCUGUGGAUUUUGCAGGACUGUGACAUCAGGCUUAUAGGCAAAAUAAUAUUUGGAUAUUAAUAAAAUUACUUCUGAUAUUUUUCAUUUUCUCAAAGGAAGUGUAAGUCAUUUUAUUGUUUUCUGUGUGCACAUAUUUCAGUUAAAAAAUAUUUAGAUAGCUUCCUAAAACAAUUCAGAUGAUUAAAAUUAACAACAGACUCAGUGAAAACAAAUAGAUAUUGAUUACAUCUGUUUAGCUAAUUGCCCUCUAACCUUUAACCAUGUUGUUCUGUACUUCAUUUAUACUGUGUUGUGAAUUCCAAAAACUUAUUGGGCAGGUUUCAUUUUUUAAAUUUUUUAUAUCAAAUGUUGACAUUUCUAUGCUUUUAUAUUAAUAUGCUGUUUUUAUACCAGUUUUCCUUUUGAUACUUUUACCCCACUUAGAACAGACAGAAAUGUAUUACUGUUACUGUAAUAAAUUCUACAAUCAAUUCCUGAGAUUUUGCUUAUUACAUUUAAUUACCAUCCAUUUCUUACAAAUGUUGUAAUUCAAAUUAAAUUAAUUUAUGCACUCUUUCUGCAUUCAGGAUCUUCCUCAAGGACACUUUGGCAUUCAGGGAUUGAACCACCAAACCUCGGAUUAGGAGAUGUGCUACUAAUAGAGUUUCUUGAAUCAGUGAUGAAUAGUAAGAUAUUCUAGCUUUACGGAGGGCUUUUUGUAGAACAACAAAUUAUU